GAACGCUCUUGGAAAUGUAGCUGUGACUCUGCCCCAAUGAAAAGAAAUCGGUCUGAAUUCUCGCGAUCAAUAGUUCUGGCCACCGUUUAAUCAAACACAAUUCAAGUUAAUACAAAGCGCUCUUUCCGCCAGCCAAUCUUAGCCUUUAAGAGGCGGGGGAUAUAGAGCAACAUGUGCAAGAUGAUCUCCCAAUACACUGACUGACAGAGAACGGAGAGCAGGAAACUUUUCAGAAAGCCCAGAUUAUCCCAAAGUGUUUUGCAUCUAAGAUGGCAUCGAUUAAACGGUUGACAACUCUUUUCCCUGUUUCCUGGGAGCAAACGCUUAUAUGUCUGAGCAGUUUGUUCGUUACACUCUUCAUUUUGCUGGUAGUUCGCCAGCUCGUAAAGCAGCGGAGACCCCGAGGGUUUCCCCCUGGACCGACACCUUUACCCAUGAUAGGGAAUAUUCUGUCCCUAGCCACAGAGCCUCACGUCUACAUGAAGAGGCAGAGUGAUAUCCACGGACAGAUUUUCAGUCUAGACCUGGGAGGAAUCUCGACUGUUAUUCUAAAUGGUUAUGAUGCCAUUAAAGAGUGCCUAUAUCACCAAAGUGAGGUUUUUGCAGAUCGUCCAUCCCUCCCUUUAUUUCAGAAGAUGACAAAAAUGGGAGGCCUUCUGAACUGCAAAUACGGCCGAGGCUGGUUUGAACACCACAAACUGGCUAUGAACUGCUUCCGCUACUUUGGCAGCGGUCAGCGGAUGUUUGGGAGGAUUUCUGAGGAGUGCCAGUUUUUUCUCGACGCCAUUGACCAGUAUCAGGGGAAGCCCUUUAACCCCAAACAUCUCGUGACCAAUGCCGUCUCCAACAUCACCAACCUCAUUAUCUUCGGGCAACGCUUCACCUAUGACGAUGGCGAUUUUCAACACAUGAUUGAGAUCUUCAGUGAAAAUGUGGAGCUGGCAGCCAGUGGUUGGGCUUUCAUGUACAACGCCUUCCCCUGGAUGGAGUAUGUGCCCUUCGGGAAGCACCAAAAGCUCUUCCGCAACGCCAACAAGGUCUACGACUUCCUACUGCAAAUCAUCAAGCGCUUCUCACAGGAUAGGGUACCCCAGUCGCCGCAACAUUACAUUGAUGCCUACUUGGACGAAAUGGAGCAGAGCACCACUGAUAAAGCUACAUCUUUCUCUCAAGAUAAUCUCAUUUUCUCCGUUGGAGAACUCAUCAUUGCGGGCACAGAGACUACCACAAAUUGCCUGCGCUGGGCUAUGCUCUACAUGGCUCUGUAUCCCAGGAUACAAGAGAAGGUCCAAAUGGAGAUCGAUUGCAUCCUGAAUGGCAGACCACCUGCUCUUGAAGACAAGCAGAGGAUGCCGUAUGUGGAGGCAGUGCUGCAUGAAGUCCUGCGCUUUUGCAAUGUCGUCCCACUGGGCAUCUUCCGCGCGACAUCUCAAGAUGCAGUGGUGCGUGGCUACACUAUCCCCAGGGGCACCAUGGUCAUCACUAACUUGUACUCGGUGCAUUUUGAUGAGAAGUACUGGAGUGACCCAUCCAUCUUCUGCCCAGAGCGGUUCCUUGACUGUAAUGGCAAAUUUGUCCGGCAUGAAGCGUUUCUUCCUUUCUCUAUAGGUAAGCGGCACUGUCUGGGAGAGCAGUUGGCCAGGCUAGAGAUGUUCUUGUUCUUCACCACGUUGCUCCAGAGGUUUCAUCUUCAGUUCCCCGAAGGCUUUAUUCCAAGCCUCUCCCCGAAACUAGGCAUGACCCUUCAGCCUCGGCCGUACUCCAUAUGUGCCAUCAGGAGACAGCAGUAAAACUUGCCCUGUGAGUUCUGGAACACAUGCACUCACCUCAGGGGAUCCUACUAAGAAACGCAAACGACAGAGCAGAGCAGUUCCCUGUCUUAAAUUCCACCAGGUUUUCGGUGGGGAAUACUGAACUCUGAUAUUGACUUGUUAAAUUCUCAGAACCUGUCCUUCAUAGUUUCACAGAACCCGGCCUGAGAGUGAUAAGAGGACUGUUACAGAACACAUGCUCUCAAAGAAAGCACAUAUGUGUUACCACAUGAGAACGUACACAAGGGUAUCAAGAUAAACGUAGCAUGUAUCUUUCAUAACUUGAACCAGUAAGUGUACUGUGUAGCAAACCGAACAUUGUGCUUGUCAAUAUGAGAAGAGCUAUUGUGUCAAUGAUUGACAGGGUUUACCUCUAUAACGGUUUGGAGGUCUGUCUUUUCCGGCAUUCCUUGUAUUCCACCAUUUCUGGAGUCGGGCAAGUGAGCAGAGAAAAGCUGUCCUUCCCAGAAAGUUUUGGAAAUGCUUCAUGACUCCCGUUGGUUUAAUGCCAUAUGUCAGUUCUGCAAUAAUGGCCCUGUCCCUAGUUUGUCUCAGUGGAAAGAGACUGUCGAGAAACUUGAGCUGCAAUAUUUCUAAGGAAAAAAAAUGGUGCUUUCGUGAAAAGCUGGACUCCAACAUACAUUUUAUAACUCACUUUUAACAAGUUUUUUUGCAUGUUAUAAUAAAAUCCAAAAGCCUGACCAAAAAAAA